UAGAUGACUAGCUAGCAGAAGGUGAAAGUGCUUGAAUUUGUUGUUGAAACUUCCGCCUCGUUUUGAGUUUUCAGACAGAAACCGCGCCAGAGGAUGAUUCAGUAGACCGAGUAACGAGGCGCCAGUUUAAUUUCAUGAAGCCUGGAGCGGGAAAGUGUCGGUUUAAAUGAACACGUCGCUAACGUUAGCAGACUAGCUAACCGGCUAGCCUGCUCAGCUGACGCCUGGUACUCAGCGUCCGGAGACAGAAGCCCAGAACCCGGAGAUUUAACGUGUGAAACCUGACCGUACCGUUUUCUCUCGUGGCUGUGAGGGAGAAUAUUCCUGUUUCAUGUGAGCACUGGGGCCAGGGUCGACAGUUUAAUGGGAGGCGGCUUGCUUUGGAGGAGUGGACAUUGCGGGCGUCAGCUGAGAGGAAAGCGGAGGUCCUGGCUCCGUGUCGGGCUCAGAUGGAGUCUCUGGCCGGGUACGUGUACAAGGCAGCCAGCGAGGGCCGAGUCCUGACCCUGGCCGCGCUGCUGCUCAACCACUCCGAGGCGGAGACCCAGUACCUGCUGAGCUAUGUGACCCAGCUCGCCGGGCAGAGGUCCACCCCCCUGAUCAUCGCGGCCCGGAACGGACACGACAAAGUGGUCCGGCUCCUCCUGGACCACUACAGGGUGGACACGGAACAGACCGGCACGGUUCGUUUUGACGGCUACGUCAUUGACGGGGCCACAGCUCUGUGGUGUGCAGCUGGGGCGGGGCACUUUGAGGUGGUGCGCCUGCUGGUGAGUCACCGUGCCAACGUCAACCACACCACCAUCACCAACUCCACCCCGCUGCGGGCGGCGUGCUUCGACGGACGCCUGGACAUCGUGCGGUACCUGGUGGAACACAACGCCGACAUCAGCAUCACCAACAAGUAUAACAACACCUGCCUGAUGAUCGCCGCCUACAAGGGCCACACGGACGUGGUCAAGUUCCUGCUGGAGCAGGGUGCCAACCCCAAUGCUAAGGCGCACUGCGGCGCCACCGCGCUGCACUUCGCAGCGGAGGCGGGACAUCUGGAGAUUGUGAAAGAGCUGGUGCACUGCCAGGCGGCCAUGGUGGUGAACGGACACGGUAUGACGCCGCUGAAAGUCGCCGCAGAGAGCUGUAAGGCUGAUGUGGUGGAGCUGCUGCUGGCGCACGCUGACUGCGACGCCGGCAGCCGCAUCGAGGCCCUGGAGCUGCUGGGCGCUUCUUUCGCCAACGACCGCGAGAACUAUGACAUCCAGAAGACUUACCACUACCUGCACACGGCCAUGACGGAGCGCUACCGCGACUCAGACAAUGUCAUCGCCAAAGACUUGCUGCCGCCCAUCGAGGCCUAUGGCGGGCGCAGCGAGUGCCGGACGCCGCAAGACCUAGAGGCGAUCCGGGUGGACCGGGACGCUCUGCACAUGGAGGGGCUGAUGAUCCGGGAGCGAAUCCUUGGCUCGGACAAUAUUGACGUGUCACACCCUAUCAUCUACCGUGGCGCCGUUUAUGCCGACAACAUGGAGUUUGAUCAGUGCAUCAAACUGUGGCUUCACGCGCUGCGUCUGCGGCAGAAAGGAAACCGCAACACGCACAAGGACCUGCUGCGCUUCGCCCAGGUGUUCUCCCAGAUGGUGCACCUGAAGGAGCAGGUGAUGGCCUCGCCGGUGGAGCAGGUGCUGAGCUGCAGCGUGCUGGAGAUCCAGCGCAGCAUGGCUCGGGUGGAUGCGGCGGCCGAGUCGGAGCUGCCGCAGGCCAUGGACAAUUACGAGUCGAACGUUUUCACCUUCCUGUACCUGGCGUGCAUCUCCACCAAAACCACCUGCAGCGACGAGGAGCGCGCCCGCAUCAACAAGCACAUCUACGACCUAAUCCAGCUGGACCCGCGCUCACGCGAGGGCUCCUCGCUGCUCCACCUCGCCAUCAGCUCCACGACGCCCGUCGACGACUUCCACACCAACGACGUCUGCAGCUUCCCCAACGCGCAGGUCACCAAGCUGCUGCUGGACUGCGGCGCGCAGGUCAACGCCAUCGACCACGAGGGCAACACCCCGCUGCACGUCAUCGUCCAGUACAACCGGCCCAUCAGCGACUUCCUCACGCUGCACGCCAUCAUCAUCAACCUGGUGGAGGCCGGCGCGCACACGGACAUGACCAACAAGCAGAAGAAGACGCCGCUGGACAAGAGCACCACGGGCGUGUCGGAGAUCCUGCUGAAGACGCAGAUGAAGAUGAGCCUCAAGUGCCUGGCGGCGCGCGCCGUCCGCCAGCACCAGAUCACCUACCGCAACCAGAUCCCCAAAACGCUGGAGGAGUUCGUGGAGUUCCACUGAGCGAGGACGGACUCGCAUCUUUUUAAAGAGUUUCUUAUUGUUUUCUAACAGAUCACACGGUGCUGAGGACGAGGACGAGGGUUCAGGACGAAACGUUUCUGAGCUGUUUUAUAAAAAAAAAAAGAAAGAGUUGGUUGCUUUUUUUUCUAUUAUAAGUAUUAACUGCUAAAUACCAGCAGCCGCACUCGGCAUCUGUCUGUCUGUCUGUCUGUCUGUCUGUCUGUCUGUCUGUCUGUCUGUCUGUCUGUCUGUC